GACCUCGUUAUAACGGGAGUCGACUGUACUGUACUAUUUUGAACAACACUAUGUUUACUUUGUUUUGUCUUCCAGAUUCUUCUUUUGAUGGAAAUAACGACACGACGGAUGAAGUCCAGGGACCAUCACAACCGCCAGCACCUGCUUCCCAGAAAGCCAAAAAGAAAAGUCCCUAUGGAAAAGGAAAAAAAAAUCGUAGUGCGAGUGGUGCGCUCGAAAAUGCCAUGUCGUCCCUACAUGAGCUGUAUGACAGAAUGGAAACAAGAGAUGAGAAGAAUCUUCAGAAGAUAGAGGAAAGAGAGGAGCAAAGACGAAGAGAAGAUAUUGAUGUACAGGAGAAGCGAGAUCGAUGGGAACAUGAACAGGAGGAAAGACGAAUCAAGGAGCAUCGGGAAUUUAUGAUGCAGAUGAUACAGAUGAUGCGUCAACCUGUGUACCCACCAAAUUACCAAUCUCCUGAUAACUGGAGUGGCCCAUCGUUCACUACCCUGUAAAAUAUCUUGAUCCAGUAGCAAAACUUGCAAUCCAUAACAAU